CUGUUCUGAUUGAAAUCAGUUAAUGCCAGGUUUCGGGUGGCCAAGUUAACAUUAUACAUUACAAUUAUUGACCGUUUGACACUACCUUAGAAUAAUCUCCCAGAAAGUACAUUAGAAAGUUGUACGCUCUUUAGAACACGAAACUGUAAUUUGACUUUCUUUCUUUUUUUUUUUUCUUUGCUUCCCACAUAAUCUAUCACUCUGGCAGUUUUAUCAUCUUUCCAAAUUUCAGCUAUAAAUGAAAUUGCUUUUCAGGUGGGUUCCUCACAAAAGUGAGCAUUUGUUGUUUAAAGGCCAUGGGAGAAGAAGAUACAGAUAAUCAGAUUCAGACCCCUUUGUUGCAAACUAACGCAGCUGAGCGUCCUCUCAAGAGAACUGGGAAUCUAUGGACAGCAAUAGCACAUAUAAUAACUGCGGUGAUAGGAUCAGGAGCGCUAUCACUAGCAUGGAGUAUGGCACAGCUUGGGUGGAUUGCAGGUCCUUUGGCCAUGUUAUUCUUUGCGGCAGUCACUGUUGUUGCUACAUUCCUUCUCUGCAACUGCUAUCGAUCUCCUGAUCCUGAAUAUGGUCCCGGUAGAAAUCGGUCCUAUGUUGAAGCUGUUGACAUGAAUUUAGGAAAAAGGAAUGCAUGGGUGUGUGGCUUCUUUGUGCACUUCAGCUUAUUUGGGACAGGCAUUGCCUAUACAAUUACAUCUGCUAUCAGCAUGAGAGCAAUCCAGAAAUCAAACUGUUACGACAAAGAAGGGCACGAGGCCGCAUGUAGUUUUGGAGAUACCUCUUAUAUGUUACUUUUUGGAGUUGUCCAAAUUGUACUAUCUCAGACACCAGACUUUCACAAUAUAGACUGGCUAUCUAUUCUUGCUGCAAUCAUGUCCUUCACUUAUUCUUUCAUUGGAUUGGGACUUGGCUUCGCAAAAGUUGUAGGAGAUGGAUAUGUUAAGGGCAGCAUUGGAGGAAUUUCAACUUCUAGUGCAGCAGAUAAAAUAUGGUUGGUAGCUCAAGCUACUGGAGACAUUGCAUUUGCCUUUCCAUACUCUCUCAUUGUGAUUGAGAUACAGGAUACUUUGAAGUCACCUCCACCAGAAAAACAGACCAUGAAGAAGGCCUCAACAAUAGCAAGUGUAGUUACAACCCUCUUCUACCUCAGCUGUGGAGGCUUUGGAUAUGCAGCCUUCGGGGAUGAUACCCCAGGGAACCUCUUGACAGGGUUUGGAUUCUAUGAACCAUACUGGCUCAUUGGUUUUGCUAAUGCUUGCAUCGUGCUUCAUCUACUUGGAGGAUAUCAGGUUUACAGUCAGCCAUUGUUUGCAAAUGUUGAAAGAUGGUCUGCUGACAAGUUUCCAAGCAGUGGAUUUGUAAAUGAUAACUACACUUUAAAACUGCCAUUGCUCCCAGCGAUAAGAUUAAACCUUCUCAGGUUGUGUUUCCGAAGCAUUUAUGUUGUGUCGACAACUGCAGUUGCAAUGUUGUUUCCCUACUUCAACCAGGUUUUGGGAGUGAUAGGAGGCUUGAACUUCUGGCCCUUAUCGAUAUAUUUUCCAGUGGAGAUGUACUUUAAGCAGAUGAAUAUUGAAGCUUGGACAACUAAGUGGAUCCUGCUUCGAACUUUCAGCAUGUUUUGCUUGCUUGUGGCAUUAUUUUCCUUGAUUGGUUCAAUUGAAGGACUUAUAACUGCAGAAUUGAGCUGAGAAACUGCACUUGAGUCCUUUCAUAAAGGAAAAGGAGGAUAUAAAUAUAUCUAAUGAUUUUAUGCAGAAUGAUGAUGAUGGCCCAAAAAUUGUGCAGAAAAAUUGUUAUUGAUUCACGAAAGUACAAAAAAUAUCAGACUUAAUUAUUGUUUAUGAUGUAGGCAUCUCUAAGUUUUAAUGAGAAGCCUAAUACAUUGUCAGGAUUAUAGGGAACAUGACACUGUAAAUUGUUGUUUUUAAAUAUAUAUGAAUUAGAAGAACUUAUUCUUUA